GGAGCUUUCAGGAGAGUCUCUUUGUCUGGUAGUGUCUCCGGACGAGGUUACCUAUGAUGUGUGGAUCAUGGAGGAAAAUGUGGUGAGACGUACAAAAUCUUGGAUUAAAUUGUUCAGUGUUAGUAGCACUGAUGACAACUUCAACGCUUCUUUAAAUGAUCGAUUGGACCGGGAUGUGAUGACUCCAGUCUGUUUUAUUGGAAACAGAAAAGUUUUGAUUUUUUGGCAUUCAAGACAUGAAUAUGCUCUGUAUGACCUCGAUGAUCAAUCAGUUAACAAGGUUGCAGAAAUUGGCAAUCCCAUUAUCCGUUCCUGGCCUAUGGGUCCAUAAUCCCAUUAUCCGUUCCUGGCCUAUGGGUCCAUAUGUGGAGAGCUUGGUCUCUCUAGGUAGAUGAAUUCAAUCACUGAAUUCUAAUUUUAUUAAUGUUAAUUUUUAGUGUUAUCAUUUAUGUUGCUUUUGUCUAGUGUUACCAUCUUCUCUAUUUUGGGGUAUGGCUAAUGAUUGGAGAGGGUGUGCUAGUGUUGAGUCUUAUGGCUGGGAUAUGAGAAGUGAUCAGAGGUAGUUUGAGUAUUGGGGUAGUUUUAGUAAACUGAAGUGGAUUUGUUGAGGGUGUUUAUUCGGGUGAUAUAAGUUGUAAUGAGAAUGAUGGAGCCAUUCUGCCAGCUAUUCUUGUCUGUAAGCAGGAAUUCUGUGUGGUUUCAGCAAGUAAAAAUUUGGUUGUCGAAGAAAUGGUUAAUUUAGUUCUUGUUAGGUUAAAAUACUAAUUUAGUCUCUCAACUUUCAGUUUUGUACUAAAACUAUCUUUUAACU